CCUUAUACUUCUCCUUGCCGUCUCGGUGCCGUCCGUAGUGCUGAAGGUCUGUGGCCGGAGUAAGAGGUAGUCGCCCCCGACACCUUUCUCGGUCGUCUCCGCUACUACCAGUUCUCCACCAGUGUUCGUUUCACUGCCGGUUCAACUGGAAGGCGUCAGCUUUAAGUAGUGGUGACAGCGCUGAGGCGACCAGACACCGCAGCGGAGGCAGUCAGGCAGAGAGCCCGACACACUGCACCUCGGCCCAGACCCAGAGAGAAAAGGGGUGCUUCUGUGCAGUAGACCAGUCUAUACUACCCACCUUGUGCUGACCGGACCACAAACAUUUGACAAUGGAUACGUUACCGCGAGGGACCACAACGCUGAAAGAAGAACCUCUCGGAAGCCAGAUCGGUAGCGUACGCAACUGGAUGCAGCCGUCUAUCGUCGACCAGACCGCCACGAGCGGGUCUGUAGGACUAGCCCGGGCACACUUCGAGAAACAGCCGCCAAGCAAUCUGCGAAAGAGCAACUUCUUCCACUUCGUUAUAGCCCUGUACGACCGCCAGGGACAGCCUGUCGAAAUCGAGCGGACGGCAUUCAUCGACUUCGUGGAGAAGGACAGGAUUUCUCCGCAGGAAACAGCCGGGGAAAACACCAGGAAUGGCAUCCACUACCGAUUGCAGCUUCUCUACAGUAACGGCGUGCGGACGGAACAAGACCUCUAUGUUCGCUUGAUCGACAGCAUGACCAAACAGGCUAUCGUGUACGAGGGACAAGACAAAAACCCCGAAAUGCAACGGGUCUUGCUCACUCAUGAAAUAAUGUGCAGCCGGUGUUGCGACAAAAAAAGCUGUGGAAACCGCAAUGAAACACCCUCAGACCCUGUCAUUAUUGAUAGGUUUUUCCUCAAGGCUUUCCUGAAGUGCAAUCAAAACUGCUUGAAGAACGCUGGUAACCCACGAGACAUGCGACGCUUCCAGGUCGUCAUCGCCACAACGGUGAAUGUGGACGGCCACGUGUUGGCCGUGUCAGACAACAUGUUUGUGCACAACAACUCCAAACAUGGAAGACGGGCCAGACGUCUGGACCCCUCAGAAGAUGGAGAAAUGUCUUUCUGUGGCGACUCCCCCAACAUAAAUAGAGGGCAGAAGGCCACACCUUGUAUCAAAGCUAUCAGUCCGAGCGAGGGCUGGACGACAGGAGGUGCUACAGUCAUCAUCAUCGGUGACAACUUCUUUGAUGGCUUACAAGUCGUGUUUGGUACAAUGCUGGUAUGGAGCGAGCUGAUCACACCACAUGCGAUCCGGGUGCAAACGCCACCGCGGCACAUUCCCGGUGUCGUGGAAGUCACAUUGUCGUACAAGUCCAAACAGUUCUGCAAGGGAGCGCCCGGGAGAUUCGUCUACACAUCACUGAACGAGCCAACGAUAGACUAUGGUUUUCAGAGGCUAGCAAAGCUGGUACCCAGGCAUCCAGGGGACCCGGAAAGGCUGCCUAAGGAAAUCAUCCUGAAGCGUGCAGCAGAUUUGGCGGAAGCCAUCUACAGCAUGCCCCGCAACCCGAACCUUCCCGCGCUCACGGGACCCAGGUCUCCUGCAGUCAACAACUCAGUGGGCGCCGGAGGCAUGAUGGGGAUGAACUCGUUCGGUAACCAGUUAGCUGUGAGCGUGCCCGACAACUCCUCUACCAACGGAAACGGACAAGUUCAGGGUUUUGUUCCAGUCUUCACCUACUCUGGUCUGAAGGAGGACUGCGCAGAGCAGACAAACCACGGCUACUCCAGGCAGAGUAACAGCGUGUCUCCCCGCGGUUACGGUGCCAGCACGCCGCACAGUACCAACGGCAGCAUCAGCUCCUACUCUACAUCGGCGUCCGGCCUGAACGGUUACGGCAGCAGCGGAAACCUGUCCAACAUGCCCGUCCCGUCUUCACCAGGGUUCCUCAAUGGUUCCACCAGUAAGUAUCCCCUAUUUCCCUCUUCACCCACGAUGCCCCCUACCCCAAGCAGUCUGGCCACAAAUGCAAGUACGCCAGGGAUUUUCUCUUUCUCGCCAGCCAACAUGAUCUCGGCUGUCAAACAGAAGAGCGCGUUUGCGCCCGUUGUCCGUCCCCAGUCCAGUCCGUCCCCCGCCGGUGCAAGUUCGAACGGGACUGGCUUGCAAGGUGGGUGGACUCCGACCAUCCCAUCCGCCGUCUGCUAAAAACAGGUUUGGCACUAUGAGAAGAGGAGGGUUUGCAGCAUCUGUUAGCCAUUCACACGGACUGUACACAUUCCCCCUUCAUCUUCAUAAAAAACGCGCUGUCUCCCGUGAUUCUCCAAAAGCAGCUACGAAGACGGCCACUCACACCGAUUUACGCGUUCCGCGGACAGAAUUCACCCACCAGAUGCCACUCUACAACGGACCAUCUUAGUCAAGAAUUGCUGGUCAACCAAGAUGCACCCAACCUUUAAGACAGGGAUGUAAUACCAAAUGUAUCUUCCAACCAAAAACCGUUCUCAGAAACUCACUUUAUUGCUUCAAAGCAUUGGAGCAUCCGAAAUAACUUUAUUUCUGUACUCGACGUUGUGUGAUUUUGGUUUUGGGUGGAAAGAACAUAUCAGUGAGUUAGGUAAUACUGUACCACUCACUGAGUAGCUAAAAAAAAAACAAUGUAAAUCAUUCUUGAGGCCCGUAUGUUACUACAGGGCAAGCACAAUCCUUGUGUAAGUGGCAAUAGAAGGGGGACACAUACUGGGGAAGGAUGUUUAAGAAAUGGUUGGGCAGCUCCAGGGAACACCAAGAAGAUGGAGACAAUUUAAUGUACAGAUCUAAGUCAUUCGUAUUACUCUACAAGGUUGUCAACGGUACGUGCUACUAUUUGUACACUUUAAGUUGCGUAUCUCGUCAGUGUCAUUGAGAUUUUAUGUCAAUCCCUUACAAAAAACCGUCCAUUGAAGGCAUGAAUACCUCAUAUUUCAUAUAUGGAAGCCAUAUCAUUCCAAAAAAAAAGAAUAUCUCUACAUAUUGUUAUUCCUCUGAACCUUCUCAUAUUCUAAAUUUCGUUAUCAUUCCAUAUCACUCAUUAUGGUGCAUUUGUUAAGGAUUUUUUAUGUUUUGUUGUUAAUUCCUGAUUUAUAAGGCUAUACAUGUAGUUAGACAAUAGAGAAGUUACUUAUUGAACAUGAAGACUUGUAUUUGGUAGCAUUAUGUAGCAAUAGAAUAGGAGGUAAAAUUGCCACAAAGACAAAACUUUUUUUUUCCCUCUAUCCAGUUGACAUUUCAAUGAACUCAGUUAGAAGUGAGUUUUGAAUAUCUGUGUGGGGAAAAAAAACUAAAGCCCAGUAUAGCCAUGUAGACGAGAGCAGACUUGUAUAUUUAGAUAUUUGCACCUUUGUGGACUUUACUACAUUUGUAACCAUGUAAUAUAGCCUUUUGGCACAGGACUAAUAUUUUGCCUUUGCACACUCUAUAUAUAUAUAAGGUAGAUGUAGCAAGUACUAUAGCUAUGUUUCAUGAGAGGGUAACUGUUUUUAAAUGUCGUUCAUUGUACCUACAAAUACGGCUGUUGUACUGUAGCUCUACUAACUCUACAUUGUUUAGUCGGUGUGUUUACGCUGUUAAAAUGUUGUUGUCAUGUCUCACCCAGGCGAUAGUAUACUCAAACAUGUCACACUAAAAUCAAAUGUGUAAUAUUUAUUAUAUAUUAAGCUAUUUAUGUUUACAAUCUAGCUUUUGUUGUGUUCAUGGCAAUCAGUAAUAAUACCAUAUCUUUUUAUUAUUGUUACAUCACUCAAUAUCUCACAUUUUGCAUUUUACAUGAAAGAAAAAUGUUUUAUUUUUAUAUAUGUUUAAGUUAAAAUUGUACAGGUGUUUUUAACUUGUAACUUUUUAAAUGUGUGACUCAUGGUCAUAUCUUUAUAUCACAAGCCAUAAUCCAAAACACAUCUUGUCAAAAGCAGGCCUCUUCGUGCAAUAUUCCGAGGUAGUUUUCUGGUAGUUAUUUUGCAGGUUUAAACAUUUGUUGUCUUUUUUAAUUGAAUCAGGUUGUAGACUAAGUGAAACAUAUAGCUCACAUCUGCUGUAGCUGUUGCCUCUACUUAAAAAGGCUGUGGAAAUGUUACCCACCAUUAGCUUUUAUUUGGCGACGCCUCGGGCAAGCCAAAUUUACAUGUAUGAUGUGUCCAGUUUAGGUUGGCAGAUGCCUAAGGUUUAGAUAGAUUUGGUGCAACUUUAGCAUAAUAUUCACGUUUAUGCAGACAAGGUCCAAUAUUGUUGCUUUUGUUGAACAAUCACUGCCACGGUGCGUCUUGGCGCAAAAGCCGUGGGCAGAUUAUAGUUAUAUUUUAAAAGUAUGUUUUUCGAACAAUCGUGGAAUUCCAGAUUUUUCACAGCACAUACAUGCUGGUUGAAUUUUUAUUGAUCUUUUAACAGACUGUUCUUUCAAGUUAAUUGUUGUGUCAGGUAGAGUGCCAAAACAAAGUGAAUUUUUUGACACAGAACACAUGGAUUUUUUCCGACUCCCUACGAACUUGGCCAACAUUUGCCAAUAUCGAGACUAUUACAAUCACCUGUUGUUGUUGUUUACACUCUGUACCGUGGGUUUGCGGGGCUCUUGUGUUGACUGUUAACAUCUUUACUUAAAUAGAUCAGAUCCCUCAGCUGAUUCGAUAAUGACCAAUUAUUCUAGGAAAUACUUGUCAUCAAAUGGUGAUGACUUGUGAAAAAAAGUAUGUGAGUGAUCAUACUGUAAGUUUCAUUGUUUUUCACAGUCAAAACAACCGACCCCAGACCCAAACGUCACUAAUAACAGUAGCCUUGUAUAUCUCACCCUGAUUGUUGCUUGUAAAUUGCCACAUCCUUGUGUUCGUUCAAUCUCGUGUAUCACUGUGUGUUCAAAGCUAUGGUGUCGUGCAGUUUUAUACUCUACUUUUUUGAUUCUUGUAAGACAUUUGUGAUCAUGAGAGCCUCCUCCGAUGGGUCCAUCGGACUUAUAACCAAGUGAAAUGAUGUAAAGUGAUGAUGACAGUUCUCUGUUGAAUAUGGCUCCCGAAACUCAAGUUGGAAAUAAUAAGUCCAUGUUUUGUGAAA